AUGGCUGCCUCAGGAAAAACGUCAACGCAAUCCGAUUCAGACUCACAGCCAGCAUCAAAUUCAUCAUCAGCUAGCAAGCCACAAAAAAUGAUCACGUCUCACAAAUCUUCAGACUCCGACUCGUCGUCUUCCUCAGCUGACUCAGAAUCCGACUCGUCGUCUUCCUCAGCUGACUCAGAAUCCGACUCGUCGUCGUCCUCGGCUGACUCAGAAUCCGACUCUAGUGCCGCUUCGGCAUCUAGUCCUUCAAGCUCCGAUUCUGAUUCCGAAUCUAGCACCUCUGUGACUGUAUCAGGAAAAGCUUCAACUCACUCCGAUUCAGACUCACAGCCAGCAUCAAAUUUGUCAUUGGCUAACAAACCACAAAAAAUGAUCACUUCCGAGAAAUCUUCAGACUCUGACUCGUCGUCAUCCUCAGCUGAAUCAAAGUCCGACUCCAGUGCCACCUCAGCAUCUGGCUCUGCAAGCUCCGAUUCUGAUUCCCAAGAAUCAACUUCACCAUCAGCCCACAAGGCAAAAGGUGGGAUUACUGCCGGGAAAUCCUCACAAUCCGACUCAUCGUCAUCCUCAGCUGAAUCAGAAUCCGGCUCGUCGUCAUCCUCAGCAUCUGGUUCUUCAAGCUCCGAUUCUGAUUCCGAAGAAUCACCUUCACCAUCAGCCCACAAGGUAAAUGAUGUGAUCACUGCCGGGAAAUCUUUAGAAUCCGACUCGUCAUCAUCUUCAGCUGAAUCAGAAUCCGACUCCAGUGCCGCCUCAGUAUCUGGCUCUUCACGCCCCGAUUCUGAUUCCGAAGAAUCAACUUCACCAUCAGCCCAUCAGGCAAAAGGUGGAAUCACUGCCGGGAAAUCCUCAGAAUCCGACUUGCCGUCAUCCUCAGAUGAAUCAGAAUCCGACUCGUCGUCAUCCUCUUCUGAUUCCGAAGAAUCAACUUCCCCAUCAACCCACAAGGCAAAAGGUGGGAUCACUACCGGGAAAUGCUCAGAAUCCGACUCGUCAUCAUCUUCAGCUGAAUCAGAAUCCGACUCGUCGUCAUCCUCAGCAUCUGGCUCUUCAAGCUCCGAUUCUGAUUCCGAAGAAUCAACUUCAUCAUCAGCCCACAAGGCAAAAGGUGGGAUCACUGCCGGGAAAUCCUCAGAAUCCGGCUCGUCAUCAUCUUCAGCUGAAUCAGAAUCCGACGCCAGUACCACCUCAGAACCUGGCUCUUCAAGCUCCGUCACCUUGGCAUCUGGCUCUUCAAGCUCCGAUUCUGAUUCUGAUUCUCGCACCCCCAACCCUGCGUCGGGAAAAACUCCACCCCAAUCGGAUUUAAACUCACAGCCAGUACCAAAUUCCUCGUUAACUAACAAGCGAAAAGCCACAUCGCCAGCCAAAAGCGUCGACAGCAAGCGAAUCAAAGCUAGCCCAUCCUCAUCCCAGGCUGUUUUGAAUCCUACUCCGGCGCCUCAAUCAACCGAAAAAUCUCUAAAUAAUGCCAAGCAAAAGAAGACCAAUGCGCCUUUCCGGAGGGUUAGGGCCGAAGAAAUUGAACUAGAUCGACGAGUAUCGGAUAACAGCUUCCUAGCCAAAGGUGGUGCUCAAGGCUCUUACGGCUACAAGGCUCAUCAAGAUCUGAUUGUCACUCGUGGCAAAGCAUUUACAAAAGAGAAAAACAAAAAGAAAAGAGGAAGUUACAGGGGUGGAAUUAUCGACACAGCCAGUCACUCCAUCAAGUUUACUUGA